AUAAGGAAAAUUGUUGGUAUUUCUACUUUCGUUUCUGUUGAAUUAUUCGACGUCCAUAUUAGACGAAGAUGCGACCGCACUAGCGCUGUACAGAUUCAUGAUUUUCUGCUCUUGGAAUUCUUCAUGAUGUGAGGAUGAACUGUGGUACUGCAGCACACAAAAUAACUUGACUAGUCAUGGCUGAGGGUGGAGGGAAUCUUAAUGAAGGGCUAGGUGGAGAUACAUGGGAACCUCCUUCUCGCUCCCAAGGAUUCAACCAACACCCAUCAACAAACACAGAUUUGUCCAUUAAGGCUGAUGGGAACAAAGCUGUUGAUGAAGUUUGGACAACAAACAAAGUCCACAUCCAGAAAACAGGGAGUGAUGGCACAUUCUCUUUUGACCUUGAAGAUAAUGUUCAUUUCAAGCAGUUCUUGUUCAAACACAAAAAGAGAGAUUUGCUGGAUGCCCAUGGCUGGAAAUAUUCAGAAUGUGAUGGAAUACGGAAAGUUUUGAUUUCAGCUGAUAAUACAUUUGAAGUAGUUAAAACAAUUGUUCAAAAAUGGGUUGCAAAAUAUCAAACUUCUCUGAAGGAAAAGAAGUUAGAGUUAUCAUCCUCCAGUACCAAGGAUUCCCUUCAAAGAUCUCUUUCCUGUCUCAUUCCAACUAUUGAAAGGAGAUAUGGUGAGGCUGAUGUUUUUUAUGACAAGGCCAAAGACUGUUUAUACAUUGUGGGAUUUCAACAAGUUGUGGAUGAAGUUUUUCAUAAAGUGAAAGCUGACAUGAGAAAUGAUGACCUGCUGACAAUGGAAUGCCCCAUUGAGUCUGAAUCACAUGGAAUGAUGCUUAGAUCUCUCAAUUUUCUUGAGAAGUUGAAGCAGGAUUUUCCAGAUGUGGAAGGUUAUCUUCAUGACUGUAACACAAAAGUCACAUACAUAGGAAAACGAGAUGAAGUUGAAGAAUGCAAAAGGAGGAUUGCAAUUUUUUUCAGUACUUUGCAUACAGAACCACUUGAAAUGACAUCGCUUCAGAAAGAGCUUCUUUCAAAACCUGAGACAGGCAGAUAUAUCAACAUUUUGUUGAGGACAGACAACAUAUCCUGUGUAUUAAAUGUUCAGAAGCAGGGAAAACUUCUACUGAUUGGUCAACAAAAUGAUUUUAAGAAAGCUCGUCACAAAAUAAAGGAAAACAUUGUAGAAAAGGUCUUCAUUGUGCAGAUGUAUCCACGUGUAAAACAGAUGUCAUUCGGGGAAGUAGGUCUUAGUCAAACAGAAAUGGAGAGAGUUGUCACAAAGAAAACAGAUGACGAGGUUCGUGUGGCUGCUAACAGAGAUGUUAUGCAGCGUAUUAUACAAUGGAUACGCUUAAAAGAUCCAGAACAAACUGGACUCGGGAGAAGUCAACAGCAUUCUGUAGAUGUACAGAAACACCAGCCGUCACAAUCUUCAAAGACAGAUGAGGUACAUUUGGAAGUUUCUGAACUGGACAUGUGUCUGUGGAAUGCUUUGGGGAUUGUUGAUGAGUUUAAACAAUGUACUGCUGGAAAUGGUGAAAUUCUGAUAGAGGCAUCAAAAAGUGAUGUUCAAAAGAUUUCUGAAAACAUUAAACGAAUGCUUUCCCAGAUCAAGAAAAAUAAAGAAGUCUGCCCUCUACAUGAGGAAUGUGCAGUUCUCCUUAAACAUCAGGAAACCAAAGACUACAUUGCAAAAGAACUGCAAAAGAAAAAACAAAGAUGUUUCUGGAAGCUCAGAGCUGACGGUUUUACUAUUGACAUAUAUGCACAGAACAAGAACGAAGCAGUGAAAGCUAGGGAGAGUAUUCCUGCAAUGAUAUCAGUUAUAUCCUUAAGAGCAGAGUUCAACCAAGUGAAAAAGGUUUUGCAAGAAGAAGCCUGCAAAAAUGUACUACAGAAGUAUCAUGGGAAAGCUAAAGUUUUAUCCCUGACAAGCGAUGAGGUACCAUUAGUGGCAACAGCUGAUGCUUCGGAGGAAAUCCUAACAGUAAUGAGACAAUGUGAUAAAUGUAUUAACACUGAAAAAACAGUCUGUAUUGAAAUGCCUGAAGGAGCCUGUGAAUACCUGGAGAAUCAGUCCACAUUUACAAUAAGUCUGAAAGAGAAGUAUGGUGUGCAUCUUGAACCAUUAGAAAACAGAGCGAAGCUAAGACUUAUUGGACCAGAGAAAAAUCUUCCCAUUGUGCAAACCACUUUGGAAAAAUCAGUUGCUGACAUAGUGAACAAAAGUCUGAGAAUGAAGUGCCUUCCUGAGGUUCUUGAAGAUGAAAACGAAAAAAAGAAAUUUGAAAUGGUUAACAGUUGUUACUUAUCAAAGAAAAAAGAAAGGGUAAUUGUGAAACCCUGUCCAUCACAUACUUGGGUGAUCAAGAACUCUCCAUACUUGAUGUUGGUCUCGGAAAACAUCGCAGAGACAAAUGUGUAUGCUGUGGUGUGCCCGGUAGACACUAAUCUCAAACCCAUAGGAGCUGGACAGACAAUCAUGAACUAUGGAGGAAUGUCUUUGGAGGAUGAUUUAUGGCAAAAUGGCACCCCCAGUCCAUCUACCUUUAACAGCAAACCAGAUUUUCAGACUUACUUCAGUGGUGAGACUGGCAACCUUCAUUGUUCAAGCGUCAUCUAUACUGAGUUCCCAGCACAGAAUGCCAGAGCAAGUGGGAUGUCCUCAUCUAAAUCUGUUGUUUCCUCCAAAAUUAAAAAAGCAUUGGAUGUUGCUGAGUCAAAGGAAGUCUUCAGCUUAGCUAUUCCUCUGGAUUUAUCUGAUGUCACUGCCUUACCAAUUUGCAUGCAAGCAGUAGCAGAAUCUUUGUGUAACUAUGUCGGAACUUUUAAACAUUUGAGAGAAAUAUAUCUCUACUGUCCUGAUGGGGAGUUAGAAAAUGCCAGACAGAUCUUCACCAAAGCUAAUCAGUAUCAUCUGCAAAUGCAAAAAAGUGUUGAUUUCUCACUGUUAGAAAAGGAUCGAGAAGGAGGGAGGAGAAAAUCACGAAUACAGCUGGAAAUAUUUGAAGGGUCUUUGACUGACCAAAAGGUGGAUAUUCUUGUCAACACAACCAAUACCAAACUGGACUUAGAUUGUGGAUUUGUUUCCAAAACAAUGUUACUUAAAGCUGGACAAAGUAUCCAAAAAGAAUGCAAUGAUCACUACAAAGAUGGGAUCAACAUAGGUGAUAUAACUUGGACCUCGGCUGGAAACUUUUCUGAUGUAAAACGCAUAUUUCAUGUAGUUUUGCCUCCCUGGAGACCAACAGGCAAUUUUUCUCUCAUGGUUCUGGAGUUGCUGAUCACAAAGUGUCUGAUGGAAGCAGAUAAAAUGAAGAUGCAGAGCAUAGCUUUCCCUGUACUUGGUACAGGGAAAUUGAUGUACCCCCAGCAUCUUGUAGCUAAAACCAUGUGUGACACUGUCAACAAAUAUGGCAGCAACAGAAAGACCAAUAUCAAGACUGUAAAGUUUGCUAUUUUUGAAAAGGAUGUCUUACAGGUUUUCAAGAUCUAUGAGGAGUACAGAAGCUUUGGGUGCAGUGAAACUCUUGAAGACGAUCCUCCGUACAAUGUCAUUGAGGCCAGGAUUCCAACACCGGUGACAUCAGUUCAGAUACAGGUUCUGCCUUUCCAUGGAUGCUGGUGGAGAGUUCAUGCCCUGGUGGAAUUUGUGACAAUUGGACAGGUUCAUCAAGAUCCACAGUAUGAAAAGUUACGUCAUAGCAGCUGCACCAAGGAAUGGAUCACGAAGGACUCCCAGUAUUACCUUCGUAUCAGGACUCUAUGUGAUACAGAUGACAAAUUCACAAAAGGAAUCAAAGCUGCAUUGGAAAUCACUUCGGAAGAGAGAAUCACAUCUAUGGGAUUUGUUGUGGUGCCCUUGCAGGACCCAUUUUCAAAAAAAGAACUGACAUGCAAGGACCAAGCAAAGAUGAUCAAGAGAGCAGUUUUGGAAGUUAAAGAGUAUAACAAGUACUUGCAGGAAAUCAAAAUACUUGUUAAGUCAACAGAGGACUUCAAUUGUUUUCUAGCGUGCAAGGAGUCAAAAAUAGAAUCACAGGAACAUGGCCAUUUUGCAUUCUUAAAGAAACUUUCUCUUUUUAGUGCAGAUACAAGCAAAUGCCCAUGGAAGAUUGUAAGAUACAUGAAGAAGUCUGAUUCUGGGUUUAAAGUCACAGUGGUUGCAGACAAGAGAGACAUCGAAAAUGUCCUGGAAAAAUUCUGCUCAGAAACUAAUAACCAGGAUGACACUAGGAGCCUUCGUGGCAACCAAACUUUCACUGGAGACGGUAAAGUACAGGGUGCCACUGGUGGUCAUCAUGAUAACCAAACUUACACUGGAGACGGUCGAGUACAGGGUGCCACUGGUGGCCAUCAUGGUAACCAAACCUAUACUGGAGACGGUCAAGUACAGGGUGCCACUGGUGGCCAUCAUGGUAACCAAACCUAUACUGGAGACGGUCGAGUACAGGGUGCCACUGGUGGCCAUCAUGGUAACCAAACCUAUACUGGAGACGGUCGAGUACAGGGUGCCACUGGUGGCCAUCAUGGUAACCAAACCUAUACUGGAGACGGUCGAGUACAGGGUGCCACUGGUGGCCAUCAUGGUAACCAAACCUAUACUGGAGACGGUCGAGUACAGGGUGCCACUGGUGGCCAUCAUGGUAACCAAACCUAUACUGGAGACGGUCGAGUACAGGGUGCCACUAGUGGCCAUCAUGGUAACCAAACCUAUACUGGAGACGGUCGAGUACAGGGUGCCACUAGUGGCCAUUAUGGUAACCAUGAAAACAAUGGACAAAAGGGAGACAUGGACAAAACAGGAGUUAAUACCCAGGCUAGACACAGUCCAGUUCAGCAGCCUAUGCAGAAAGAGGGCAAACAAGUGUUUUCUGUUCAGGAUAAUGAUGUUUUUGAAACCAUAGAAGCUGUUGUGAAUGAGGGAAUAUUAAAGGCCUCUCAAUGGGAGACAGUAGUGGAAAAACAUGGUGAUGUGAAUAAGGAUGGACAAAUAGUUUGCAAGGAUCUUUCUAGUCUGCAGAAAUUUGAUGAUGAACUUCAAUCAAAUCUUCAAAAUAGCAUCAGAGUUGAUGACACCAGUGAUCAUUUCAGCUCUCCACCGGAUGACUUUGAACAUGUAUCAGAUAUCAAUAUGGUAAUGCCAGAAGAAAACUUUCUGGCUCUUCAGUUUUUCUGCUGUAGAGAUGGAUCAAUGGAUCAACAAGCUGUACAUUACAGAGAUGGCAUGCUUCAGGUAUCUUGCAAUGAAAAGAGUGAUAAGAAGGCCAUACAACUUUGCAUUGAAAGCAAGUUGAAGCACAUAGAGAUAAUGAACAAAGAUGAUGUCUCCUUCAGUCCAGCUGAGGAACCAAAAGUCAAAGGAACUAUUAAACAGAUUCACAAGUCUGUUGAUGGAGUUUUCUGCUAUCAACUUGAAAAAGAUGAACAUAGCAUGGUCCAUUUAAUGGCUCAAUCCUACAGUCAGCUACAGACAGCAAAGCACAAGAUCUCAUUGGGAUUAGGCAGGAUAAAGCAGACAGAAACACGGAGAAAUAGGCGGUUUGACAACACACCACUUCAGCAAAACAAAGGGGACGGCACUUCAACAGAUAGACACAGAUUUAGUCAGUCAUUCACUGCGAGCCAGUCAUCAUGGAAAACUCAAUCUACGGCUGGUUAUGGUAGUGUUAGUCCUAAAGACUUUACUACACAAGAAGGACUGUUAGUACGAGUUUAUCCUGCCAGUAUCCUUCAUCUUGAUGUGGACUGUAUUGUGAACGCUGCCAAUGGCGAUUUACAACAUGGAGGGGGAGUGGCCUGUGUGAUAUCUAAUGCAGCUGGUUACGACUUUGAGCGGGAGAGUAGGGACUACAUAGCCAGGUAUGGACCCCUGAGUGUUGGAGAGGUGUGUACUACCACUGCUGGUAACCUGAAGUACAAGGGUGUUAUCCACAGUGUAGGCCCAAGGUGGUACGACUAUGGUCAAGACCAGAAGCGAACAUGUCUGGACCAUUUAACGACUGCUGUCAAGAACAGUUUGGAGGAGGCAGACAUCCAAAACUACAAGUCUAUAGCUAUACCUGCUAUUAGCUCAGGUAUAUUUGGGGUGCCAAAGGAACUCUGUACCCAACAGUACUACCGAGCAGUAGAGGAGUACAGUAAAUCAAGACGGAGUCGCUCAACCUUGACCGAGGUACACUUCAUUGACAAGGACACACAGAUGUGUGAACUAAUACAGACGACCUUCACCAAAUGUUUUGCUGGAAAUGCUGGGUCAAGUAGCUAUGGAGCUGGCACUGGAGGUGGAAGCAAUUUCUCAUCGUCUGUUGUGUCUCUGAGGAAUACUACCCCAGUUUUACAAAGGUCCAGCAGUGUAUCUGCAGAUGAAGAUGGAUCAUCUGUAGACCCAGCAAGUCCAUCCUUUAUAGAUAAUCAUAAGAACUUUGAGCGUUCACCAUCCCGUGGUCAAUGUUUUGAGUAUCAGAUUAAUAAUAAUUUGACUGUUCACAUCGUCCAUGGAAAUAUUGUGGAUGUUGAGGCUGAUGCCAUUGUCAGUCCCGAGAAUGUCCAGUGUGACAGUACAGGAAGUAUUGCCAGGGAAAUCGCUCGAGUAGCUGGACAAGCGUAUGUAGAAAAUGACCAGUCAGAGCUAAGACUUACUAACAGAAAGCCAAAGCUGACGGAGGUACUGGACACUUUAGCGGGUCGAUCUCACUUUAAGUAUGUGUUACAUGUGGUUGCACCUAAAUGGAAUGAUACUGCCGUUGAGGACCAGUUUAAAUAUUGGACAGACCUUGAACAGUCUUACAACAAUAUCAUCUCAACGAUUGAUAAGAAACAUCUUCCUAUUACAUCUGUAGCAUUACCAAUUUUUGGAACUGGUACAAUUGCUGGACAUCCUGCUCCAAUUAUAAGUAUAUCUAAAAUGAUAGCCAAAAUUUGUAAAAGCUGUGCAGAGAAGACCACUUUGAGGAAAACACUGUAUUUCUGCAAUAACGACAGUGUAGCAGCAAAGACAUUGAGGGAUGUUUUUGAAAAGAAAUUCAACAAAGUUAAUGAGGGGGCAGAGGAUGUUAAAAAAGGUCAGACCCCCCCUGGCACGACCGGACGUGACCGAGGGGCAGGUUUGGAGGUCACAGAGGACUGCUGUAUCUGUAUGGACACUAUGACUGAGCCUAAGAAGCUGUCGUGUGGUCACAUGUUCUGUAGAGAGUGUAUAGACCAGCAGUUUAAGUACAAACCAGCCUGUCCCCAGUGUGGAGCUGUCCAUGGGAAGAUCACAGGGGACCAGCCACCGGGGACGAUGACCAUGACUACCACCAAGUCGUAUUGGCGAGGUGGCUCCCUGCCAGGUUAUGAAGGAUGUGGUAUCAUCAACAUCACCUACAGCUUCCCUUCUGGGAAACAGGGACCAGACCAUCCUACCCCAGGUAAAUACUACCAGGGUAUCACCAGACCUGCGUUUCUUCCUGACAACAAGAAGGGUCGUCUUGUGGCUAGAUUGUUAAGAAUAGCCUUUGACAGGAAGUUGGUGUUCACCAUUGGAAGGUCAAGGACAACUGGACAUGAUGGGGUCGUUACCUGGAAUGACAUUCACCACAAAACCAGAUCGGACGGUGGCCCACAAGCGUUUGGGUACCCGGAUCCUACUUAUCUGGAUAGAGUUCUGGACGAGUUGAAAGCCAAGGGAGUCACAGAGGAGUCCCUAAACGACCCAUGAGCCAACAAUCCGAGGCAGAAAAUACUUUGACUUUAUUAUGAGUCACCAUGAAGCCCCUCUAUUGUCAUCAGUGAAAAACUCUGCAAUUCCAGGGAUUUCAUACACCUAUCAAAUAUUCAGGAGGAUGGAGUUCUUUGAAAAAACUGUGACUUAAAGAAAGUCAUAAAUAAAAACCCAAGAGAGGAAUGUUUUUUUAUUGAUACACUCAUUGACGAUUUUGAUGGGAGUAUCAGUUUUACUCUAACCCUGGAAGUAAGAAAAGACCAAUGUAUGAAAUUUGACUUUUCAUUCAGAAGCAGAUAGUGUUACUAAAAGGAGAGUAUAUAUUUAUCUUAAAUUUGUUAUAGCACAUGCUUAUCUUUUUGCGGAAUUUUAAACCAUAUAUUGUCUAAUAGGAUGAUUCUAGCUAAUGUUUAUUAGGUUGUGUGUACCAGGUUAAAAACUGAUAUACGUCAGUUUUACUGUUGCGGAUGUGUUGAUCAAGUUUAUAUCAAACAUUUGAUGUUUAGAGGAUAUUUGGUAACCCCUUGAUGAUUUUAAUUACACAAUACAGUGACCUCAUUUUAAUGGUCAAUACGUUAUUGAUAGCAGUGUAAAAUUGGGUUGUUCAGGUUACAUAACUUGCAGGAUGUGUAAUAUUUCCAUGCAAAUGAUAUAAUCAGAAUUAUUUUCUCUGAUUAUAUCAUUUCCUAUCUAAAAUUUUGUAAUUAUUUCUUGCCAUCCAAAAUGGUGAGUAACAUGUUUUGCUCUGUUUACUCUUUAAUUAAUAUUGAAUAUUGUCAGUUAUAAUAUUAAUACUCAGUUUAUUUGCUAUGCCUUCCCUUCAUGCAUGGGAUACCAAUUGUAUUUGUAAUUAUCCGUCUGGUUACUUUUUAAUUAAUUAUUUCUGGGCCGUAAUAGCCUAUCUUGAUGAAAUUUUGUCGCAUCAACCCAAGGAGGUCACCGUAAUAUUCACGUCAAGGCCAUUAAUAUUAAGUAACUGUAAAAUUUCUAUCAAUUUUUUUUUAAUGCCAUUAUGUUUUAUGUGAUGUGCAGAUAGAUAACCAGUUGAAUCUUCGGCGUCCUGAAAUUAAGCAUUUGGAUCUGAAAAAUAAAUAUUCCAGAUUACUGAGACAUGUUCAGACGUUGAAAGUUGAUAUAGGCAGGGACAAAAUCUGAUUCCAAUAUAACUCCUGCUAAUCCUUGAUUUGAACUUCACAAAUAGGCUUGGUACAGCUAAACCUGCGUUAUAUGAGAACAACCUCUGAAAAGCAAAAUUGGCCCUCAGCUCAGGUUGUCCGUUAAAAUAUGUUUAAAUCAUAGCGAAAUUACCAAAGUUGGAGAUUUUCAUAGUGGUUUUUAACAUAAGCAAUAUCUGAACCGAGGUCAUCGCAAUAGCAAGUUUGGCUGUGUGCUGGCUGCUUUGUGAUAAAGGUUAUACCAGAUCAUCUUUACCAAGUCAUCCUCAGAUAUAUAGAAUAUCCUAUCCAAAUACGUCGUUUUCGAGAUACCUUUUCACUCCAGAUUCGACCCGUUUCAGAAAUACAUGUCACGUGAUAGGGCGUAUAUAUACUUCUGCUAAACAACGAUAAUCUGAUAGCAGUUCAAACAAUAUGAAAGAAGACAAGGGGGGAACUAGUCAUCAGAUCUUCUUUUGUAUAAAGGAUGUAAAACUUCAGCUAGUUCCAUCACAAGUUUCCAAUCUUUCACUGCUUUGACGUCCACCUUCUACUUAUGUACCUUCAUACAGGAAGUAUAUGAUAAUAUCCCCCUUAAUGUACAACAUAACAAGCAAGUCACGUGACUUUUGUUCCUGAAACGUUUAUUUCCAAAAUGACGUAUUGACAUCAGUAAAUGGAGUUUUUGUGCGGAAACAACGAUUGUUAUAAUUAAAACUCAACGACGAUAAAUGAUGAUGAAAGAGUUAUUUGUAAAGAUGAAAAUAUUAUCUGUGUGAUAUUGUAAGUAUAUUUUUUGUGGAAAUGAUUUGUUUGUAAGUGUUUCCUUACUUCAUAGUUAUGGUAAUUGUUUUGCUUAAAUAUAUACCAUUGAUAAUGAAUGAUUUCUUAUAUACCAUAAACAUUUUAAUGUAAGAUUAUGUUUUUAGAAACUUUCAUAUGACAGUUACUUGUUUAGAUGAAUGAUUUCUUGUAUACCAUAAUUUUUUUAUGUAAGAUUAUGUUUUUAGAAACUUUCAUAUUUACAGUUACUUGUUUGGAAGCUUAUAACGUACAAUUAGAUGGUUCUGGAAAUUUUCUAACACACCGGUUCUAGCUAUGACUUUAUAACUUAUAACAUCACUCAGGUUUUACUAAUCACGAAAGGUUUGAACUGCAACAAAUGAAAACCAGACAGUGAAAAUGAAAGUGUUAAGAAAAAAUACUCGAAAGGUAAGAAAUUACUCACCAUCUCAGUAAGAAAUUGAUUUCAUGGAAAAUUAAUGUUGUCUUUUAUAGGACAAUAUAGCUAUUGAGAAGUGAAAUGAUUAGACAGAUUCACUGUAUCAGAAAAGAAAACAAAAAACUUUAAAAAAAAACUAAAAUAUAAUGCAUCAAUUUUGUCUAGAUUAUAGACACUGUUGAUAGCUCGUUAAAUUAUGUCAGGUUCUACAACAUAUUGGAGGUAGCAGGGAAAUGUAGAAUUAAAAGUAAGAGCUGUAACAGUUCUCAUGUUGAUUAUAAAAGAAGCUUCAUAGAGAUUGGUGAAAAUCAGACACAAUGGGAAUGAGUUUGAGAUUAUCUUCAUAUUAUGUUUCACAUUUCUGUGUAAUUAACAUGUACUUUUAGUUUUUGUCAUACAAAGUAAGUGACAAAAGAGAAAAAAAAGAGGAAAAAAAAAGAGAAAAAAUCACCUUUUAUGUAAUCAUGUAGUUUCAUGUGCGAGUACAAGGAAUCAAACUACACGUUAUGGAAAGUUGAUGACUUAAUUCACGAUUGCCUGUAAUUGUUUUAUGUUAGUCAGGCUGUAUAUUCUCUUAGUUGGAUUCGUUUUUAUCGUUGAUUUACUUGAAUAUGUCUGUAAAUAUGUAUUUUUGCUCUCAUGGUUUCAUGUUUUAUCAUUGAUAUUUCAAGGAAAUAUUUACUUUUAUUCCAGAGUUUAAUGUAAUUCGCUUACUUUUGCUUCAUCAUCCAACUCAUAUAAAGUUCAAAUUUGCAUUGUUUUGAUUGGUUAAUUUUGAUUAAUUGUCUUACCAUGGUAAUACCAAGACAUCAUAGGAAUGUUAUAAAUAUAUACUGACAUAUGAUACAAAGAGAUGUAAUAUGUAUAUAUAUAUUUAUCAAAGUUAAAGAUUCAAUGAGAUAUGAUAUAUAUAUCAAAUUACAAAAAUGUAAUAUUAGUACAUCAACGUCAUAAAAUAGUAUGUGUAUAUCAACGUUACUAUAGUAUCAUGUCUUUAUAUAUGCACAUAAUUACCUUUGUUUUGCAGUCUGAAGUGGAUGGUGUUAUUAUACAUAUUCUAUAGACAUGUGACUUACAAUUAUCAUUGCUUCUGUUUGAUGUAAUUCUUUGGAUUAUUGGUAUCGGACGAGAUUGCUGUGGAGAAGGGAUCGACUAUACUUUAUUUCUAAUUAAGUGUUAAGGGAUUUGAUCACGAGAUUUAUUGCUUUCCUACAAGUAGAUAGGAAAUGAAGUGUGUGCUUUUCUGUUGGAUGAUGUGAAUGACCUACAGGAAGCAGGCAGACAUAUUUGUGCAUACUUCAAUGUAGAUGAUGGCUACCUGAUGUAUGUCUCAGCUUGUAAGAUUGACCAAUCACAUGAACAUACUGUUAGUUUAGACAGUCGGGCAAAUGGAUGUCUGUGACUUAGUUUCGCCAUACGCAGUAUAUGAUAUAUGAUGUAGCUAGGCGGCAUCAGAUCCUUAAGUUCAUUUGUGAUGCUUAAAGCAUUUUUUAUAACCUGCAGGGCAAGGCGUAUGACAGAGUAAAAAAAAAAGCAGUGAUAUUGAAAACGUCAUUUGGCUUCAAGAUUACUCCAGAUUGUUGAAAGCAAUUUCUUAAUCCCCGAAAACAAGAAAUGAGGAUUGAGCACAUAAUGUCAAUGUGAACAUGACAACGUGUUCAUGAGAAAAACCCCUGUUUUAUAAAUAUUGCUUCACACAUAAGUGUAUGUUUUGUUAGGACCUGCUAUUUGGUCUACGUUUAUAACGUUAUAUAUGUCAUUUGAUAGAAAACACUUAUGGUCAUAUGGCUAAUGUCUGAAACAGUACGAUACAAAUAUGUUUUUAUAUCUUUUGUUCGUGUAUAUAAAUGAUUGUUUUGUAAGCUUGCAGAGCACAGUAAUACACCAGACCAUUGACCAAAAGGUCAUAAAUAUGGAUCCCGGAGAUAAUGGGAUCAUAUGGUCGUGUUCUGUGGGAAUAACAAUUCAUCUUUGUAGCCACACUAAUCAACCCAAUAGUGGAGUAUAUAAUGGUUUUAUUGGUUUCAAUAGCCUCAAUCAAGGAAAGGUAUAACAUGUUUUAAUGAAAAAAGAGGAAAAGGUUUCUAUAUAUAAAACGAUAAAAUAAUUAUUUUGCGUAAGAUGACACCUUUAACUAUGUGUUAAUGUUUUUGUAUGUAUACAUUUCUUUGUAGAUGUUAUUUGGAGAGAAAUGUGAUUUUGUUUUGUUGUAGUUUUAGAAGAAAUGUAUUUCGUUUUGUCAUUGAAAAUUUUCUCAAGAAUAUAUUUCCAUAUGAUGUUUUACGCUGCUCUUGUUUACACUGAUAGCCAGGACUCGUUUCUGUGGUUUGUCAAGGUACCAACCUAUCUUUUAAUGAAUGCCUAAUUCAAAAUAACAGAUAAGGACAUUUAUUGAUUUAUCAGAGCAAGGGAAUGGUUAUCUUUUGUCCGAAUGUCUUCGAUCUGGAAAUUAAAUUUCCAGACAUGAUGUUCAAGAAAUAGAUGAGUAGCAUUUCAAUUUCAUCAUACAUUGCAGUAAUUGGUAAGGUAGGAUAUAUAUUUCGCUAGUUUGAGCAGACUAAAAAUUGUUUCGACUAUCAGGCUCAGUUUUGUGAAGCUAGCUGUACCAAAUCACACUAUACUUAUUUAUAUAAACUUUUAAUUCAUGACUUGAUCGAUUUUUGAUUUUCAAAAUGAUCACAUGAUAGCAAACACUUGAUAUAGAUAUUUUGAGAUGUCAAUUAAAAUACCUUACCACAAACAUUACCCCUAACACUCUUUGUACACCAAAAUGUUGCCUUGACCGCACCUUAUGUUCGAUUGGUUAUGUUCAUUUGAAAUCAAAUUCUAUAAUAAUGUUAUUAUUAUUGUCUGUUUUAUUUUAAAUUUCAAAGAUGAAAAUAUGGUAUCCAAAAGAGUAAUUAAGAAUGAAGUUGUCUUAAUUUGAUUGUGUUUAUUUGUAUUGUUUAUGCAGUACAUUUGCAUUUUUGAUAUUCAUGAAAACCAUUUUAUAAAUCAGACGGAAUUGAAACUAAUUUAAGAUUUUUCAUUAUAUCAUUUCAAUAACUAUAUAAGUAAGUAUAUCUGAUCACUCAUUUGAAGAAAUAUAAAACGGAAAAAAAACUUGAAUCAUUGCCUUUUAGCAGGAACCAGGGUGGUUCCUUUCAUUGUAAAUUGUAACAUAACAGUGGGUGGUUUUCCAUAUUUAACCCGUAGGAAUCAUAUGUGUUUGUUUUAUUUCACUUUGUAACAGCUAGAUUAUUUGAUAAAAAAAUGUUUGUUGAUUUUUUAAGUGUUUAAUCAAUAUAUUUAUCAGGCUUGUCUGGGAAAUGAUUUCACAGUCCAAUAUAACAAAUGUAAUGAACAGAUUUUGAAGUAAUUUGUUCAAUUAACAUAUGUAUAGCUAUUGUUUGGUAGGCGAUUACUCUGACUAGUGCACUAGAUUUAGAUAAGUAAAAUCAGUCAACACUACUCUCAACCUUAAGUAUCAGCUUUAAGUUUCAUAAGGUUAUCGAAUAUGUACAACAUUAGGUAUCAUCUAAUGGCGCAAAAUAUACAGGGUCACUAUACUAUAAAAGAUGUUAUAAAUUCUGCAAAUGCACCAUUGUAGAUUGAAAUAUGUGUGUAGGAAAGAAUUGUUUGAAAGAACUUUCAAAAAAAAUCAUAUAGUUCUGUCUGAUGUAAACAACAGUUUAGUUGUGCGUGUUACAAAGGUAAUAUCAUAGUCUUGAGUCCGUAAGUCUAUGAACUCUUUAUCUCAGUGUACAUCUUGAAUGCAUGCCAUUCGUUUUAUGGGUUUUUUUCGUCAAGAAGAAACAGCAAAACAUUUUUGUCCAUGUAUUUGUUCAAUUUAGCUAAAGCAAGAACCAUAAGAAACAACGUGAAUUUGCUUUUGAAUUUAUACCUUGUACUUUCAAAUUGAUUUUUUUUUACCUGAUAAUUCAAAUUCGAAUCAAAAUUUAAUCUCUUGUCAAAUCCAAGAACACUCUUAUUGCCAAAGGAUACUUAUAUUUUUUUGAUUUAUCACACACUUCGUUCGAUGUAUGGAGUUGUAAUCAUUUAUAAAUGUAUCAUACGAAUAGAGAUACUUUAUACUUCAAAUUACUUCAACUUGAAUAUUAUUGGGGGAAAAAACACCAUAACUGAAAUACAACAAAACAAAAUACCACAACUUGACAACGCCAUGACAAAUACAACAGUACCACAACGUCAAAACACAAAAAUCAAAUACCACGACAUCAAUACACACAAAAAUACCACGACAUCAAUACACACAAAAAUACCACGACAUCAAUGCUCAAAAAAGUAUACCUUUAUGUCAAUUAACAAAAUGAUAAUACCACAAUGUCAAUGAAUAAUUUUUAAAAAGUCAUUUGCAAAUUACCGUAACGUCAACUAAAAUAUCAUUUAUAUCUAAAAACAUGAAACAAAUAUAUAUGAAAUCAGAAUGAGCCCACAUCAAAGGAAAGUAAAAAGAAUAGGGGAAAAAUAUUGCCGAAAUGAUUUUAAUGGCUUUACAGUAAUAAUAAUAUUAAGAAUGACAUAUUCAAGUUUACAUCGAACGAUUAAAUAGACAUCUGGUUGUUUAUGGGUAUGUAAACGGUCAAACAAGAGAAGAACAUCCAGUGUAUAGUGUACACCCAGUAUGUAAUGUAUAACCAUGUUUUAUAAUCUGAACCUCUGAUAAUGAAUAAUUAUUUCGACUUUGUUUAUUAAAAAGAUCACUUUUUAUUUCUAUUUAACCUGAUAAGCUAUUGUACGUUUUAGUUUGUUUCAUGAACGAAAUAUUUGCUUGAAAAUAUAUUGUGCCAUAUAACGGAAGUCAGAAUUAUUAUUAUGUCUUGGAUGUGAGUAUUUAUUAAGCGAACACGUUUGUUCUCUAAUAAGAGUAUAUAUGGAAAAAUCAAACCGGUCUCGAGGUUUAUUCAGUAAUAACGACUUUCAUCCCUUUUGUUGAUUCGUAUAAGUGUCUUAAAAGGUCAAAUAAUUAAUAUGAAACGAAAACAUUGCACGCAAUAUUACAAAGUCGUUUUUCAUCAAGUUUAAAUCAAAUUAAAAGGUAAAAUUGUUUUGAAGAAGUCUCUAAAAGACAAGUGGUUUAUGCUAAUUUGUAUGUCCAAGUGAUGCUUACAGAGAAGAGUUCCCCGGCUUGUAAUUUGAUGUAUGUUAAUAUUAAAUAGUUAUGCCGUUUACAUUUAAUAAAUAUAUCAUUUGCC